AUGAGAUACAUCCACUCCCAAGAGAGCCUGACGGUUCCCGAGAAUGUCAAGGUUCACAUCAAGUCCCGCAUCGUCACCGUUGAGGGCCCCCGUGGCAAGCUCGUGAAGGACCUGUCCCACUUGGCUGUCAACUUCUCCCAGCCGGUUAAGGGCACCAUCAACAUUGAGAUCCACCACGGCUCAAGAAAGAACGUUGCCACCCUCCGCACCGUCCGCACCCUCAUCAACAACCUGAUCGUCGGUGUCACCAAGGGCUUCAAGUACAAGAUGCGCUACGUCUACGCCCAUUUCCCCAUCAACGUCAACCUGGAGAAGGACUCCGAGACUGGUCUGUGGGAGGUCGAGAUCCGCAACUUCAUUGGCGAGAAGCUCGUCCGCAAGGUCAUCAUGCGCGAGGGCGUCGACGUCGAGGUCUCCAAGGCCCAGAAGGACGAGCUCGUCCUCUUCGGCAACUCCCUCGAGGCUGUCUCUCAGUCCGCUGCCGAUAUCCAGCAGAUCUGCAAGGUCCGCAACAAGGAUAUCCGUAAGUUCUUGGACGGCAUGUACGUCUCUGAGAAGGGCAACGUUGAGGAGGAGUCUUAA